GUUCGUGCGGCGCCGGCCGGAAGAGGGCCGGGCCGAGUAGGAUCCCACGUGUCCUGGCCCCACGGGACUACCUCUCCCAGCGGCCCCCGCAUCCCGCGCCUGCGCACACGCUCCGCUGAGGCCGCCCGCCCGGCGGCGCUCUGGGCACCGGCAUGGCGACGGCUGGCGGCUGGAGCCGGGGCGGCUGCGGGGCGCGACCCCGGGGCUGCGGUUGUAAAGGGGUCCGGACGUGCCUGCUGUGCGAGCGGGAGCGAGGCGGCGGUGUGCCCGGAGCCCUCCCCCCGCAGGACCUUGUGUCUUUUCCUUUGCAGAAGACAGCCCAUUUCAUCUAUUGUUCAGAAAUGGGUUUAGCCGUAGGAAUGGAGAAAUCAGAAUUUGCUGGCUGGGCUUUUCCUUUCCCAGGAGUAGCUCUGAUAAAGGACUUUGUUAGUGCUGAGGAGGAGGCUGAGCUGGUUCGGUUGAUGGAUCAAGAUGACUGGAAACUUUCACAGUCUGGAAGAAGGAAACAGGACUAUGGCCCCAGAGUCAAUUUUAGGAAACAGAAGCUGAAGCCUGGCAGCUUCCAUGGCCUGCCCAGCUUCAGCCGGGAGAUCGUGCGGAGGAUGGGGAUGUACCCCAUCCUAGAGACGUUCCUGCCGGUUGAGCAGUGUAACUUGGACUACCACCCCGAACGAGGCUCUGCGAUUGACCCCCACUUGGAUGACUCCUGGCUUUGGGGAGAACGGCUGGUCAGCCUCAAUCUGCUCUCACCAACAGUGCUGUCCAUGUCUCGGGAUUCAGAUGAGAGACUUCAGUUACUCUCCAUGGCCCCACAGGGAACGAGGAACUCUGUGCCGAAUGAAACGAAGACGGGAGACCCUGAGGACGCCCAGAGCACCUGGCGAUCUGUUCCGUGUGACCACGUGGAAGUGGCCAUUCACUUACCUGCUAGAUCCCUGCUUGUGUUGUUUGGAGCUGCCCGCCAUCAGUGGAAACAUGCCAUCCACCGCCGGCACAUUGAGAGCCACCGAAUCUGUGCCACCUUUCGGGAGCUGUCAGCUGAGUUCUGUCCUGGAGGAAAGCAGGAAGAACUAGGGCAGGAGCUCCUGGAAAUAGCUCUGUCCUUCCAAGGAAAACCCGUGUGACAGGUCCCGAGAAAGGGAGCCAGCACCCAAAUGUGUCAAGAAAUGAGUCCAGGACCCAACAGCGCUGAUGUGCCUGAAAACACCAGAUUCACGACAGGAUCGCUUGUUUUAAUUCGGCUGCACUUGAAACCCUGAAGCCAAAUGGGGCAUCGUCUAGUCCUGCUCUGUUGUCAGGGCAGCUCUUGGGGAAGUCUCAUCUUUCAUUGUUUUUGGCUGAAGGCCUUGAGGGUCCUUAAAGGUGGAGCUGGAGAGGGCAGGAAGAAUUGUGGUGCAGCCUUGGCCGUGAUGGGGUCUGCCUCACCAAGGCCGUGGCUGGCCUGGAGGGGCCAGGCCGGAGGACGCUCACAGGGCACCCUCCUCGUACCCUGGUCCUGGUGGAUCUUGGCUUAUGAACAUUUCCACUAGCGAGAAAGGCCCCUACCUUAUUAUAUCUACCUCACCCAAAUACACGUAAAACUAGUGGGGUCAUUCUCAAUGUACUCAACAUUCUGUGGAAAGAUGAUCUAUGUCAUUAAACAUGUAUUUUUUUUUAAGUUCUGAGAAGGCAAUGGAGGUACGAACGGCCUGUCCUCAAUUCCUUUGAAUGAUAGACUUGCUGCUGGCGCAGGAACCCCAGUCUGAAGCCAUGCAGAUCUCACGUGGGCAGGGCUUGGGGGAGGCCCACCUGGCACAAGACCUGGUCAUGAGGAGCUCUCACGAGAGGGUAGAGGCCGUGUUCCUCGGUAGAGUUUCUCGUUACCAGAGAUGUUCUCCCAUUUCUGUAGGACAGCAUUAGUAAUGCUCCUACGUGCUGCAUGGUACCACCCAUGCCACCCUCUGCGCACAGGAAGGUGGCUAGAACCAGUUUGAUUUUCACUGCUUAACAGUGAGGAUGCCCGCCCAGCAGAGAAGCUGGAAGUUAAUCAUGGGGCUCAGACCUGACCGGUUCUUUCUGGGGACAAGCAGUGGCAAGGCCUGCUGAACUCCUUCAUGCAAGCCCAACCUCCUGGCUGCCCCUGGAUGCAGAACACUGAGGAGGCAGCUCUCCAGGACUCCUCGGGCUCUGGAAACCCCAAAUGGCCGAAGUGGCUGGGACUGUGGGCAUUUGGGGAGCUGGCACACACCAGAUAUCAGUACAUUCUCAUACCAGAAGGCUGUCAAGCUUAAUCACUUAGCACGUUUCUGUAGAUCUACUGGGUUUAACGUUGUAGAAUACUCAUUUUCCAAGUUGGUAGUUGUGAUAUUUUUAUGAACUCAAACGGCAAUAAACUAGUAAUACAAAAUUC